UCGAUCCCUGAAUGAUGUCAAGUCAGUGAACAUCCCUUUCCUGUUGAGUGUCUGUCUCAGCGAUGCCUGGAUUUAGUGAAAAGCCGAUCCUUAUCGACGGUCGCGGCCACCUUAUGGGUCGGUUGGCAACCGUUGUGGCCAAGACUUUACUGCAAGGUCAAAAAGUUGUUAUCGUCCGAUGCGAGGGAAUCAAUAUUUCCGGUAGUUUUUACCGAAACAAAUUAAAAUACUUGUCGUUUUUGCGAAAGAAGUGUAAUGUGAAUCCAUCGCGUGGUCCAUACCAUUAUCGGGCACCGGGAAAGAUAUUCUGGCGAGUAGUGCGCGGUAUGUUACCCCAUAAGACCAAACGCGGUAACAAAGCAUUGGACAACUUGCGAGUGGUCGAAGGCAUUCCUCCGCCGUACGAUAAGAAGAAGCGAAUGGUUGUGCCGUCGGCUCUGCGUAUUGUACGACUGAAUCCCCGACGAAAGUACUGUAAUUUGGGUCGACUGUCCCAUGAGGUCGGCUGGAAGUACAAGUCGGUGAUCGAGACGCUAGAGUUGAGACGCAAAGCCAAGUCUGCUAUUCGUCACUCGCGUGUUAAGAAAGACGACAGACUAAGAGCAGUGGCCAAGAAAUCACUUGAGGCUAAAUUGAAACCAUUGACGGAUCAGAUCAGAGCGUUUGGUUACGACGUGUAAUCUGUUUUUCAUUAUUAUUAUAUUGUAAUUGAUUUUGAAUUUAAUAUUAAAAAAUAAUUAAAAACAAUGAUUAAAGACAGUAUAAGUA